UACAAGUGCAAAAUGAGCAACUGAUAAAACAGAACAAAAUUUUUUCUCAAGUUCAAUUUUAUUCAAAUUCAAAUUCUUACUCAAUUUUGUCGUAGUUUUUCUUCUAACAAUCGUAAACUUAUGUGCGUGGGUGCUUAUUUAACCCGGUGAACAUCUGUUGACUUGAAAUUUGCCAGCGUGGAAGUGAUCAUCCUGCAAAUUCUGUUCGUUGUUUACUGAAAAAUUUCAGCAUGUUCCAGGACGAUGACGAUGUAACUAUUACUAACUAUCCCGAUGACGAUGAAGAUGUCAGCCCUAGAUCUAACUACAUCGAUAGUCAAUUCAGCCAACUUUUCUCGACCAUCGGAUCGUCUGGUUGGGUGAUCCUAGGAUCUUUGAUAUUGGUCAUCUAUAUCUGGUCUUAUCAUCUUCAACAUCAUUUUUACCAAUGGCUGAGGAAAAGAGAAAAUAGACAGUAUGAAGCCACACACCACAAAGAUCCGGAUGUUUUACGAAAGGAAAAAGAAAAAAUGGAACAAGCUAGGUUAAGAUUACAAGAAAAAUAUGAAAAAGAAGCUCAGAUUUUUAAAGAGAAAAUGGAAGAGAAAGAAGCUUUGAAAAGAGAACAACGAGCUGCUGCUUUGAACAUCGAUGGUGUUCGAUUAAAAGACAGCGUCGAAGAUGACUCUGACAAAAAGAACCACAAACCAGCAUAUAACCCUUUGAUGGGAUCCAGUUCUUUACCGUCCUACAGACCGCCCAGAAGAACAGCCUGCUCUCGAGGAAAUUGCGGUUAGAAUUUCUCCUAUAAUCAAAUCAUCCUACAAUUUUUCAUCUUUAUUCGUGAAAUAGUUAAUUUUCUGUACCAAAAUCGUUCAGCGACAGAAGUUGACCUUAUAUAAACAUUCCACUCAAGUGGAAUAAUAAUACAUAUUCUGCUCACUCGACUUCUUUAUCAAUUUCACAUUAUAAUCGUCCUUGAACAUCGACUGGACCGGUAUAUUUUAGAGGAUUUCCAGGUGUAUGAAAAAUCUCGCUUCAAAUUACCAUCUAAAUAGGGUAAUUAAUAAUUUUUUUUUUUCGAUUUUCUUUUAAUAUUUUAUAUUCAUCAGACGUACUUGAAUGUUUAUUUGAUGUAAUUAUUUUCACCUAAUCAAUAAUUGUUCUGAGGUAAUUAGGCUGUGUAUAGCCUAUUUGUCUUACGAAGUUCUGUUUUUUUGUUACCUUAUAAUGUAUAGUGUAUUUUGUUAAAAGUUUAUUAUUUAUUAAAAACCGUAUUACAUUAAUUUAAUUAAUGGUAAGGAAACAUGUCUGUGUAAUUUCUCGAUGUUACCUGUAGAACGACGAAAUGAUUGAAGAACGAAACAGACGAUAAUAGUAAUUUAAUAAAACAACGUAAGAGUA